UAGCUAGGCUAGAAUGGAACACUUCGACCUCAGUGAGUUUAACCAACCACAAUCAAACACAUUUCAAGAAGCUCGGUUAGUUAGGCAGCGAGUAGUUGAAAGUAAGUGCACUUCUUCUGACAGCAGGAGGCGGCUGGAGGAACUAGCUGAAACGAGUUUACCCGCACGAAACUACCGCAGUGAGCCGUGUAACGAUGGAUAUCACCACCACUGACAUUUUGACAGAAUAGCAAGCUAGGCUAGGUUGCCCUCAUGCGUAAGGAAAUGGCUCCUUUUAGCUGAGAGUGUUACUUACCAAAGAUUUAUAGAGUUAACAGUCAACCCUGUGCUGCAUUUGUGAAACCCAACCGCCUCAGGAUGCGUUUCAACGAGAAGGAGCUCAUCUCGUUGAGUCGCCAACCUUCUGAGAGGGCGGCAGAACUUGGGAUGCGAGGACCGAAGAAAGGAGAUGGUAGGUCUAAUCCGAGUCGGAUCACAGCAUAGAUCAUCUAUUACUCCUGUACUAUCUUGAUCAUCAUUAUCACUGAUGUCCAUAACACCUAGUCUAGAUCUUAGCUACUCUAACUUGCUGGUUAGCAAUUGUUACUCAUUCAUUGGAAUGCUGCUGUAAUGUCAAAUUGAUGUCAGGAUCAGGAAGACAUUUGCUCACAUUUGUUCUUAUCUGUUAUGCCAGUUGUAAAGAGGAGGUUGGUGAAGCUGGUGGUUAAUUUCCUGUUCUACUUCCGAACUGAUGAGGAGGAGGUAGGAAGAGUCACCACCACCAUCUAGCUUAUGUCUGUCUCUGAGUGUAAGGGGAUUGGGCAAGAGUGGAGAAAGUAAGUGGGUGUUUUCUCUCCUUGACAGCCUCAGGGUGCCUUGUUGCUAGAGCAGUGCCGGGUAGAGAGAGAGGACAGCCAAGCCUUCUCUAUCAGUGAGUCCAAAACUGAUCUCUACUCUCCUCAUUCAUUGUUGUUUGGUUGGCUGUGACCCACUUGUAGAUUUGUGACUAUUUUUUUUGUUUUAACUUUUUCUCUCAUUUAGCAGAUGCUCUUAUCCAGAAGAAACAUUGUUUUUCUUUACUUGUUUGGCACUCUAGCAAAGUCCUUUUUAAGCUUUAGUCACAGUACAAAAACAUUGCUGUCCUAAGGAACCAAACUUCUCUCAGCUUUCCUAGAUGAGGCAGAGAGGAAGUACCUGUUUGAGUGUGACUCCCAGGAGCAGUGUCAGGAGUGGAUCGACUCCAUCAUCAAGGCCAGGUAAUGUAGGACUGCCCCAUUCCACUUGCCUAUCAGUGCAGAGGGUGCAGCUACAUUAGCUCUCCAGGACCAGGGUGGUUGACUAUUUUGCAUGACUCAUCCUAGUUUCCACUCUAUUCCUCAUCUGUCCUACAGUUAUGAGUUCAUGAGGAAGAACUUGAUCUUCUAUCGCACAGAGAUCCACCGGCUGACCGGCAAGGUAAGACAGACAGACCUCCUGUUCUCUGUUAUCUGGAUGGUCUCUUCUAACCAUAGACUGUACAAAAUAACACUCUACACAACUUGAAUACACACUGAUUACCUUCUCCUUCUAGGACCCUCUGGAGCAGUAUGGUAUUGAAGAUGAGACACGCUUCCAGGUCACCAGUGGCCUACAGCUCAUGCCUAAAGACAUUUAAGAUGUACUGUAGCCCCCGCCUACCAACGUUGGACUUCUAAUCACACCAACCACAUCCCUUAGCAUCCCAUACUGUCCUUCACCAGUCCAAGUCUCAAUAUUAUAGCGAAGUGGUCUUCGGUCUUUUGUUGCUAAAGAGAGUCCAACCUAGGUAAAGGGGAAAGCCUUUUAUAUUUUAGAUUAAUUGUUUCUGUUUUUAUGCAUGUUGUAAUGAUAUGGCCUCCUAUAUCCACGUACUGUACAUCCGCUUGACGCUCUACUGCAGUGGUAUUCAAACUCCUUAGCCCAUUUUUUUUCCCCGCCAGAAUUUCUGGGAACACAAUUUUUUUCCCUAUAAUUUUUCAUGGCCCUGCCCCAAAUCUAAUGACGCAACCUUAAAAUCGGUAAAUUCCAAUUUUUACAUCAACAAAUAUCUUUAAAUUCAUUACACUUUCAUCAUAUCAAAAUGAAAAGAAACCAAUAA